AUGACCGCAGAACUCAAUCUCUACGGCCCAGGCCCCGACUUUCUCUCCACCGCAGACCCUACAGCCACCGACUCCUCCCCGAUCUUCUUCAACAACCCCUUAGUGCCAGAUUGGCUUGAGCUGCCGGCCUCUCUUGGCCACACUGAACCGAGCUAUGAAUCUCUAUUAGCAUCCACCCCGUCGUGGCCCUCUAAACCCACAUUGAACGAACCGACACCCGCCCAACCACAAGCCCCGCAGCGAUCCGGACGACGCAGCACGCCCUCCAAACCCAAGAAAAAUGCAAGCAAAGAAGAAAAAGAAAAGCGGGAGAAAUUCCUCGAGCGAAACCGCAUGGCCGCCAGCAAAUGUCGACAAAAGAAACGCCAGAACACAAACCGACUACAAGGCCAGUUCCAAGUGGCGGCGGAAAGCAAGGCCAGGCUCGAGGCCGAAGUAGCACAGCUCCACGGAGAGGUCUUAUACCUGAAAGACGAGCUCCUGAGACACUCGCAGUGUGAUGACCUUUCCAUCAAGACAUACCUGCAGCAGAUGGUCAGCCAGGUCACGCACCAGGAGGAACCGAUCCUACGAACACCGGAAUUAAGUGAUCCCCCGGGGCCGCUAUCUUCGUCACCGGAUAGCUCGAUUUCCGCGCACCAACAAGAGCAGCAGGCAGGGUUUGACUUCGACGAUUCCCUGCAGCUGUCGGACUCGGCCAUGCAGGAGCUUGACACCGCUCGUCGCGACUCGGAACAGAGUCUCCUGAGCACUACCUGCACCUUGUUCUCGGAUGCGAGCAUCGACGAUAUGAUUGACCUCGUUUGA